AUGUCUGGCGCAGUGGGUCGUGAGGCAGUCUUUCCGACCCGCCAGUCGCUCGGGUUGAUGAAGAGCAAGCUUAAGGGCGCGGAGAUAGGUCACAGUUUACUGAAGAGGAAGAGCGAGGCAUUAACUAAGCGCUUUCGCGAGAUCACGAGACGAAUCGAUGAAGCAAAGAGGAAAAUGGGCCGCGUGAUGCAAAUUGCGGCUUUCUCUCUAGCCGAAGUUACAUAUGCUGUUGGCGGAGAUAUUGGGUUUCAGAUUCAAGAGUCGGCCAAACAAGCUCGAUUCCGAGUCCGAACAAAGCAAGAGAACGUAUCGGGAGUUUUGCUCCCACAGUUUGAGAGCAUUAUUUCAGAAAGUACAAACGACUUUGGAUUGACCGGUCUCGGAAAGGGAGGACAGCAAGUGCAGCGGUCUCGAGAGACAUAUGCUCGAGCCGUGGAGACUCUUGUCGAACUUGCUAGCUUGCAGACUGCGUUCGUCAUUCUAGAUGAAGUCAUCAAAGUCGUAAACAGAAGAGUAAACGCAAUCGAGCAUGUUAUUAUUCCUCGCACUGAGAACACCAUUAAAUAUAUCAAUUCAGAAUUAGACGAACUCGACAGAGAAGAAUUCUACCGACUGAAAAAGGUGUCUAACAAGAAGCAGAGGGAUACGGCCGCCCAAGAUGCCGAAAUUCAUGCACAACGGCAGAAAGAAGCUAAGGAGGCAAAUGGCGAUGUCGCUUCUGUCGCAACAGAAGAGCAAGAUACAGCUGAUAUGCUCGGAGAGGAAGGAGAAGAAGAUGUCAUCUUUUGA